CUCAAUUGGAUGCAGAAAAAUAAUGAGCGAAGACUGUUUAUAUUUGAAUUUAUAUUCGCCAUAUGAACCCUCAAAUCCACAUGCAUUAUACCCAGUCAUGGUUUAUAUCCAUGGUGGAUCCUACUUAUUCGGGUCUGCCAACGAUUACGAUGGCUCUGUUCUACCUCAAUUUGGGGUGGUUGUGGUGACAAUAAACUACCGAUUAGGAAUAUUAGGCUUAAUGACUUCUGGUGACCAGAAAAUGUCAGGAAACUAUGGCAUCAAAGAUCAAACCAUGACGCUGCAAUGGGUAUCGGAGCAUAUUCGGGCCUUCAGAGGGGACCCGAGCAAGGUGACUAUAUUUGGGAACAGUGCCGGUGGUGGUAGCGUUGGCUUGCUACUCGCAUCGCCAAGAGCUAAAGACCUUUUCCACCGCGCCAUCAUUCAGAGCGGCCCUGUUAUAGCCUUCUGGGGUACCCAUUCUAUGAAGACCGAUCUGAAGGCCUACUUUAAGGAAGUCAGCGGUGCCGCAGGAUGUUCGUCGGCGAACAUUGAAGCAGCGAUAAUCUGCCUCAAAAACUUGCCUUGGGCUAAACUGGUGGCCCCCUCAAAACCGUACCCGUUAUCAGGAAUCCUAUUGGACUUCAAGCCAUGGGCCGAUGGUGUAUUCUUACCGAGAUACGUCAACGAACUGAUUCAGCGAGGCGAAGUCAAUAAGGUACCAACCAUGAUAGGUACUACUUCGGCAGAAUGGACAAAGAAUAUGGGAUGGAGCUUUAACAGUGGAUACCCGUCAAUAUUUUCGACAUUUGAUAAAGAAGGCUUGAAGCGAAGCGAAUUCAUACAGAUAAUGGACUAUCUAUCAAGAGAGAAGCUUAGUAUACCCAGGCCUGUCAUGGAUGCCUUAGAAUUCGAGUACACAGACUGGAAACAACCUUCAGAUCCCAUUGUUAACCGAGACGAAUAUAUUCAGUUUUUUUCCGAUCUGGCAAUGGUUUCGCCGAGCGUGCAGAUGGCAGAGCACCUCACGCAGGUCUCCGUACCGGUUUACUUUUAUUCGUUCGACCAUGCUUUGCCUCCAGACACAGAGUUUGGGAAUGGCAUGACAAGAGCUACAAAUAAGAGUUACCACCAGAUUGAAUUGCAUUUCGUGUUCGGUGGGCCGCACUCCUCCAAGACUGUCAAAUCUGACAAGGUCAGGGUGAACUUCAGUGACAAAGACCGCGAAGUCAGCACAAAGACUAUGAAACUGUGGACUAACUUUGCAAAAUAUGGGGCCCCAACUCCAACGGGUGUGGACAGCUAUAACAUGAACUGGCAAGAGUUCACAAUGGAGUCCUCGGGCUACCUACACCUGGCAUCCGACGACUUUAAUAUGCAAAAUCAUUUCAGUGCCCGCAGAAUGGCACUAUGGAAUAACCUAGUACCAAUGAUGAAAACGUCUCUGGAGGAAUCGAACGAUUCACCGAAAAACGCAUCUGUGUCAGCGCUCUGGAUAUUCUUGGGGCUAUGUUUAGUUUUAACAAUGAUUGUGAUUAUUUUGGGCAUCAUCAUUUGCAAGCUUAAGCAAUACAACAGAUAUGAUUGGAACCACACAAAUACUGUAGCGACAUAAGGUUCACACCAGAAAUGCGUCACACUCAUUUCAAUAACUUCAAACGAAAGCAAACUAAGCCGCGAGAUUCACAUUUUUGCCGCAUUGCCCUGUUGCUUUGGGAUGUUAAAAUACGUUAUCUUUGAGUGAGCGUGGACAAAACGGAUGAUAAAACAGGCAAUUUACAUUACACAUGCCAGUUAUAUGUUGCUUCUACAGUAUGAACUCCCAUAUCAUGAUGGGUUGGCAUAAAACCUGGCGGAUGGCGAUUGACCAAUGGCGAGUUAGCGUGUGUUUUUAGCGAGUUUUCAAAACCCUGCGAAAUGUCAGGUACCAGUCUCCUGUUAGAUCUCAUCAGCAUGCAUAGCUGCCAGUCAUAGAAGACCCCCCUUCGAAAGGCGACCCUCUAUUUUAUAAAAAUGGUACCCUGCCCGCCUCCACCCAUUCAUCCCCUUCCAUCCUAUAUGUUCAAAUAAAAACCCUAAGGAAAUGACUUGGGUUGCAGUAAUUUGGAAGCAUUUUACAGAAUACACACUAAAACUGUUCCAAAAUUGAAUUUUUAAUCGCAUAAUAGCCCCUUCCCAAUGAAAACCCACCCUUCGUUUUCAAUUACAACUACAUGUACAUGCAGGUCCCUCCCAAAAACACCCAGAUGGAACCAUGUAGAACUAAUUAAAAAUCCACUUCGAACUGCACUUUUCUUGUUGGCGAUGGAAUUGCCAUCUAUAUAAAAAGCGAAGGCCUAAGGUUUCUAGCGAUGCUCUUUUGUUUUACGCUCUCCAAAAACCAUCAUCUCGGCGUUUUCCUUUGAAAUUUUAUCACAAUAACACCCGAAAGUAGCAAAAAGAUUGCCGUAAAGAUUUACAAGUCCAGCACAACAAAUCCACGUUCCAAAAGCCUUAAAAUAGAUGCGAGUCUUUUCUAAAGAAUCACGUAACACCCGAGGAUGGUCGAUUGAGUAGAGGGAUCUGACAGGAGUCUGGUAUACCUGAUA